AUGUCUGCAUACGGUGGUUAUUCUACGACGGGCGACGAGUCUGGCGGCUACUUUGCCGGUGGCUCUCAGCAGGGCAGUCAGGGCGGCGGUGGUGGCAAGAACUACCAGGAUGAAUCCCUACGGCCGGUGACUGUGAAGCAGAUCCUCGACGCCGAGGAGGCCUUCAACGGCGGCGAAUUCAAGAUCGACAACCAGGCGGUGACCCAGGUGACGGUGGUCGGUCAGGUCAACAACUUCAAGCAGCAGCCCACCAACAUCACCAUCACCUUGGAUGACGGCACGGGUCAGAUCGACGUCAAGAAGUUCAUCGACGUUGACAAGCAGGACGAGGCGUCGAAUCCCGGCUUCCAGAUUGGCUCCCACGUCCGCGCCUGGGGUCGUCUCAAGUCGUUUAGCGGCAAGCGCUACAUCAGUGCCCACCUCAUCCGCCCCAUCUCCGACUUCAACGAGGUCAACUAUCACAUGCUAGAGGCCACGUAUGUCCACCUCUUCUUCACUCGCGGGCAGCCCGGUGCCAACGGCGCUGGCGGUGACGGCAUGUUUGUGGACGGUGGCGGUGGUGGUGCUGGCGCUGGUGCUGGCGGUGACUCCAACCCCGUCAUCUCAGGCAAGCUGUCUGGCUGCACGCCUGGUGCCAAGCGCGUGUACAACUUCAUCACCAACGCCCCCGGGGGCAACGAGGGCUGCGUGAGGUCUUAA